UGCGGCGGGCCCGGCGAGGAGGCGGGACACGUCGGCGCUGGCUCCGCCGCCGCCGCCCCUCCUCCGGUUCCAGCCGCCGUCGCCACCACCGCCGCCGCCGCCGCUUCCUGGGCCGAGUCCGUCCGCGGCCCCAGCGGCGCCAGGUGUCCUCGCCCGCCCGGCCUCGCCAGUGCCGUCCGCCUGUCCGCCCGUCCGCUCGCCCGCGUCCGGGCCCGCCGCCCCGCCGCCGACAUGGCGACCCGCUCCUGUCGGGAGAAGGCUCAGAAGCUGAACGAGCAGCACCAGCUCAUCCUGUCCAAACUGCUGAGGGAGGAGGACAACAAGUACUGCGCCGACUGCGAGGCCAAAGGUCCCCGAUGGGCUUCCUGGAAUAUUGGUGUAUUUAUUUGCAUCAGAUGUGCUGGAAUUCAUAGAAAUCUUGGGGUUCAUAUAUCCAGAGUCAAGUCAGUCAACCUAGACCAAUGGACACCAGAACAGAUACAGUGCAUGCAAGAUAUGGGAAAUACUAAAGCAAGACUACUUUAUGAAGCCAAUCUUCCAGAGAACUUUCGAAGGCCACAGACAGAUCAAGCAGUAGAGUUUUUCAUCAGAGAUAAAUAUGAAAAGAAGAAAUACUAUGAUAAAAAUGCAAUAGCUAUCACAAAUAUUUCCUCUUCUGAUGCCCCUCUUCAGCCUUUGGUAUCCUCUCCUUCUCUGCAAGCUGCUGUUGAUAAAAACAAAUUAGAGAAAGAAAAGGAAAAAAAAAAGGACGAGAAAAAGAGAGAAAAGGAGCCUGAAAAGCCUGCAAAACCGCUAACAACUGAAAAGCUGCAGAAGAAAGAAGAGCAACAACUUGAGCCUAAGAAAAGCACCAGCCCAAAAAAUGCUGCAGAGCCCACUAUUGAUCUUCUAGGACUUGAUGGUCCUGCUGAGGCACCCGUGACCAAUGGAAACCCAGCCACAGUGCCAGCCCUGAGUGAUGAUCUGGACAUUUUUGGACCAAUGAUUUCUAACCCUUUACCUGCAACUGUCAUGCCCCCAGCUCAGGGGACUGCCUCCGUACCAGCACCUGCUACCCUGUCUACCGUGACAUCUGGGGAUCUGGACCUGUUUACUGAGCAAACUACAAAGUCAGAAGAAGUAGCAAAGAAACAACUCUCCAAAGACUCCAUCUUAUCUCUGUAUGGUACAGGAGCACAGCAAAGCACUCCUGGUGUGUUUAUGGGACCCACAAAUAUACCAUUUACCUCACAAGCACCGACUGCAUUUCAAGGUUUUCCUUCCAUGGGCGUCCCAGUGCCUGCAGCUCCUGGUCUUAUAGGAAAUAUGAUGGGACAGAAUACUGGCAUGAUGGUGGGCAUGCCCAUGCACAAUGGGUUCAUGGGAAACGCACAGACUGGAGUGAUGCCACUUCCUCAGAAUGUUGUUGGCCCUCAGGGAGGAAUGGUGGGACAAAUGGGUGCACCACAGAGUAAGUUCGGCCUGCCACAAGCCCAGCAGCCUCAGUGGAACCUCUCACAGAUGAAUCAGCAGAUGGCUGCCAUGAACCUCAGUAGUGCAAACGCGAGUGCAGGUUUUGGCCAGCCUCCCAGCACGACAGCAGGGUGGUCUGGAAGCUCGUCGGGGCAGACUCUGAGCACACAGCUGUGGAAGUAAGAAGCUGUCACAGAGUUCCAGCCAGAACCGACCCUGACAUUCCUCGCUGCAAAGGCAUCUAGUUCCCAUUUAUUCAUGUACAUAACGUAUUUUUUCUUUCCCCCAUUUGUUCACAUUAAGAAUUACCUGAUUGACCGUGUUGGUCUGUGCUGAUUAAAUUUGAUGUGAAAGCAGGUUGAGAAACCAUCUGUGUGGAGGGCAGCUUUGCUCAUACUCCCCAUGAUGUCCUAAGCCACACUGGGAAGCUGCUCAGUUAACUUGCAUAAUCAGUUUUAUUUGCAAAAUUAUAGCUCUAACGUUUGCAUAUAAGGGAAGUAGUUAUCAUGUUAGUAAUACCUCUAACAGUAUAAACCCCACCCCCAAAUUAGCCAGUAAUCCUGUAGAAAGGUACUGUAUGAUCAAAUGUUUAAUCAUAUAAAUAGAAUGUAAAUGUAUCACUGAGCACUGUUUUCUAGUGUAUCAAAUUCUUUUAUUCAUCACUCACUCCACUGUGCUGUUGUUAUGAUGUGCUUAACAGGGAACGUGGUUAGUGAACGGAGAUAAACCUGGAUGCUACUGUAAAACUCAAUGAAGGUUUCAGAAUUCAAAUUUCCAUUGCCUCUUGUAAUGUGGGCCUCUUCUCAUGUACAUAGUGCUAAUAUGAAGACCUUUUUCUGCACUAUAUGCACACAGGGUAACUAAAACAAAGCCACUUUUAAUCCUUGAAGGUAUAUCCAGGUUUAUGACAGUAAUUGUGUUUACAUUUUAUGGUGCCUAGUAUUGACAAAAUGUUAUUUCCCUAUAUUAAACAGAUGAAUCCACA